AUGUCAUCUUCUCACGGCCAAUCUCUGUGGGAGCCGGUGGUCACCUUCACCAUCCUUCUGCCCCCCAUUGAGCAAUACUCGAUGGCAGGGAAGGGCAGUGAAGGAAGCAACUGGGCUCUCCACGAUCCCAACACUUAUGCCAGCUGCAAGAACCACCAGGAGCGACAGGAGGUCGAGCAGUGCCUGGCCUGCGGCAACCCUUCCACCCGGAAGUACCGCUGCCACUGCAAGGCGGCCAGGUACUGCUCAGCCCAGUGCCUCGAGGCUGACGACCUCCAUCAGCGGCUCUGUGUUGGACGUCAAGAUGCCAAGACCAAGCCUGCCUUCAGCCUUCCGUUGGAGAGUCGGCCAUCCGAAAAUCACUACCUAGCGGCGCUCCUUCCUGUCGAUGGAACGGACCCAAAGGCCAUCUGGAUCUCUCUUCAGAUGGACCGCAAGACUGGCAAGAUGAGUUUUGCUACCGACGAGAUCACCAUUGCGAAGGCGGCUGCCAAGUCCAACGAUAGCUCCGACCCUGACAUCAUUCACGUCGGUCUGAACUCGAUCGCGACUCCCAUCCAGAAGAGCCUACUUCACGGAGUUGACGCCAUUAAGUUCGGUUCGUACAAGGAUACUUCUCCCGGUAACCUCAAUAGCUGCAUCCAGAGCUUUGGCAAGCCUGGCUUUCUGGCCUGUUACUUCGGCGCUGUGGUUGUCUGGGCAUACGAUCUCGAGUCCAACGGAGCCUUCAAGUCACCCCGCGACUUGGGCGUGCGCGACCUUCGCCACGCUCUGGACUGUCACGUUCUCAAUUCGGUAAACCCGGCUGUCUCUCAGCCCAGUCGAUUCAUCCUUGAGGGCGGUGUCAUCCCGGCUCUCAAGAUCAACGAUCUCUCGGAUCGUUGGCUGGAGGCUCUGGGCGUCACCCGCCAAAUCGAGAAGGUCCACGUCCCUGCUUCACACCAGUAUUUUGAAGCCUUCCCCAUCGGAAAGCUUUUCCACCUUGGUCUUCGUUGUUUCCACCUGAUGCAGGUUUGCGGAAAGCAGAUCGAGCCCGCCCAUCUCACUGCCGUCAUUGAAUACUUCAAGCUCGCCAGCGCCUCGGGAACCCCCACAACCGAGAAGGCGUUCCGCGCGUAUUGGGACUACUUCAAGAAGAACGAGGUGAUCAAAGGCCACCCGAUGGCUGGAAUCCCUUCGCCUUAUGACCUUGAGACUGGCCAUAGCCAUGACCCCAAUUCCACGGGUCUUGUAACUUUGCUCCAAGGUUACAAGUCCUACGAGGACUUUGUUGGGCAGGCCCCAGUCGCCAAUGAACACGUUAACGGUGGUCUCAACGCCCCGAAGGACGAGGUCUCAGUAGCCAGUUCGGCACAAGGCAUCGAGCAGGCACUUGGCUUCCCGGCCGAGCGAAAUUAG